AUGGUUAUUCUUGUUAUUGAAAUUACUGUAUGUGCUAUAUUGGCUAUUGCUCUGAUAGGAGCGUUAUUAUUUUGUAAUAAAGUUUAUUCAAGAAAAUCUGAUAAUGAUAGUGAUACGAAAAAGAUUGAUUUUACAACAACAUCAAUGAAUGAAGAAUUGCUAGUACAAAAUGCACUGAUGACUUAUUAUGAACAACAGCGUAAUGAGUUGAUAGAACGACAAAAAGUUGCUUUGGAAGAUUCGACACUGAACAUGACUGUUUUGAAAACGAAUGAUUCAGGUUUUGUAUCUAUGGCAUCACCAUCUCAAACUCCACAUUCUCUAUAUGAAUAUUCGGGUUUUGCUUGUAUGGAUGAUACUGAAGUACCAAAUCCCUUAUUUUCACCAGAUAUAUUAUACGAUUGUGAACGAAUGUCUGUAACAUCAUCUUCAGCUAUAAAAUAG